AUGGGCAAACGGGACAGAUCACCCUCACCGCUCCUAGAAGAUUUCGGGGCAAAGCGGCAGCAUGCCUGGCCCUGUGACGAGACCGCUAUGGAAAAGGCCCGGGAGUUCGUGCGGAGAUGCGCAACCAACCCAACCUCCCCCAUCCUCCUCCUCCCCGACCGCGACGCCGACGGCCUCACCGGCGGCCUGAUCUUCCACCGCACCCUCCGCCUCCUCGGCGUCCCGCCCAGCUCCAUCACGACCCAUUUCGUCACAAAGGGCACGUCGAUCCACGCGGAGGGCGAGCGGGAGAUAUUGGAGGGGUAUGGAGCCAGGAGGGUGAUUGUUGUGGAUCAGGGGAGUCGGGGGGCGGGGGAGGUUGUGCGGGGUGCGGAGGUCCUAGUGGUGGAUCAUCACUGGAGUGCGGAGUUUCCUUCGAAGGCGGAGGUAGUGAACGCAAGCCACUACCCCCCCGUCGCCACCUCCGCCCUCCUCGCCUACCUCAUCUGCGAGCCGCUCCACCAACGCGUCCCUGAGACAUGCGCGUGGCUGGCGGUGUUGGGCACGAUGGGCGAUCUGGGCACGGGGGUUGCGUGGACGCCGCCGUUUCCGGAUCUGUCGUGGGCGACGAAGGGGGUGGGGAAGAGCAAGAUGGGGGAGGCGGUGGGGUUGUUGAAUGCUCCGAGGAGGACUGCGGAGAAUGAUGUGAGGACUGCGUGGCAGGCAUUGUUGGCGUCAAACACAGCAGCAGACGUGGUGUCACCCUCCAACCCAUCCUUCAAACGGCUGCGAGAAGCCAAAGCCGAGGUCGCCGCCGAAACCCAGAAAUGGGCCAGGACCCCACCCAAGUUCUCCAGCGACGGGCGCUUCGCCGUCUUUGAAAUCAGCUCACCGGCCCAGAUUCACCCGUUGAUUGCUACCCGUUGGUCUGGGUAUCUGAAGGCCACCAACCUGGAAGCCCUCGUAGUCGCCAACACGGGUUACAACCCCCACCGCGUCCAUUUCGCCUGCCGCAUCCCGCGAAGUCGGAAGUCUCAAAUCACACUACCCGAACCGGACCUCAUCACACUGCUGAGUGAGCUGGCAGCUAAGGUUGAUGGGUUGCGAGAAAAGCUUGGUGAUGAUUAUGCAAGGGGACAUAAGGAGGCCACGGGUGGGGUUGUUUCGAUGGAGGCGUGGGGGUUGUUGAAGGAGGCGAUGGAGUUGGGGGUGAAGAAGGAGGGGGGUGGGGUGAAGGGGGGGAAGAAGGUGACGCAGAGGAAUACGUUGGAUCAGUAUUUCAAGAGAUGA